AUGAUGAACAGCGGGUUCAAAAAGAUUUCGAUUUGUACAAGAAAGCGUGAACAUCCACGUGGUACAUCUCCAUGCACAUCACAAAUCUUCUUUCUUCGCAACCGUCGCGUUAACACCCGAUUGAAGAUGAAACAGCAUGCAGUUGACGUAAACGUUCUUCAGUUAUUUGAUUUUCUGCCAUUUGGCAGCGGUGUAACUGAAACGUUUGUAUUUAAUUGUCAGAGAAGUCAAGGCCACAAGUUGUAA